CACGAUUAUGGACAUCUUUUGCAUUUGAUUGAGAAUCUGAUUUAAAAAACACAAACUUCUGGUGGUUAUAAGUUUCUAACAUCUUCUUUUCAAAUUUAAACGUGAGGGGUAAUUGACAGUAUGAUGUUCAUGGAGAAGUUCAUUCUCGCUUCACUUCCAAAGUAUUGUCAUUUUAUGACUUUCAUGGAUCCUGAUUAUGGGCUGUACUCAGGAUUUUGCAAUAAUUUGUUUGAUGAAAUCAGAGGUUUUAUAGUGCUAUUUGAUGGGGCUUCACUAGUUUCUGUUACAAACUGAUUGAACUCUCAACGGUUUGGGGAUGUCAUAUUCUCGUCUUUGUUCAUUACCAUUUAGUUGUGGUUGCUUUAGUUUCGAUUAAUGGUUGUCUGGAAGGGGAGUUUAUGACGCAUCUUAUAGCUAUAAUUUGGAAUCUCUCAUGGGUGAGAUUUCAAUUAACGUUCUAGUUUAUGGAGUUUUGGAAAGGAGAUUCUUUCACUGAACUUACGAACUGGAGCUCUCUUCUGUCUUUUCGCAGACCCAUGAAUUUGCCAUGGCAACGUGACUUGUUGGAAGAGAGCCUAAAAGCAGCAGGUGUAAACGGAUUGGAUAACGGUGCUAAAUUAUAUGUUUCUAACUUGGACAGUGGUGUGACUAAUGAAGAUAUAAGGGAAUUGUUUUCUGAGAUCGGGGAGCUGAAAAGAUACGCAAUUCAUUACGACAAAAGUGGCCGACCAAAUGGAACAGCUGAAGUAAUGUUUGCUAGAAGAAGCGAUGCAUAUCAAGCGCUUAAACGUUAUAACAAUGUACAAUUGGAUGGGAAACCUAUGAAGAUUGAGAUUGUAGGCUCUAAGUCAGACGUCCCUCUUUCACCUCGGGUGAACUUGGUUGGAGGUGUAAACGGGCAGAGGACCGUUGUCAUGAUGCCUGGAGUGGCUCGUGGAAGAGGAGCUGGUGGAUUUAAUCGUACACCUGGUCAGAGAACCCGUGGUGGUAUAAAGAACAGCCGUGGUGGUGCCACACUGAAUGGACGUGGCGGCAGUGCUGGGCGGGGCCGUGGUCGUGGGCGAGGACAAAGUGGUGGUCGUGGGCGUGGUCGAGGGAGGAAGCCAGCGGCGGUUGACAAAUCUGCUGAUGAACUUGACAAGGAAUUGGAGAACUAUCAUGCCAUGCAGACUUAAGUAUUCAUGUUAGGUUUGGAAGUAAAUCAGAGAUACAAGUAGCAUGAGUUUGUAGAAAAAUCCUUAUGUGGUUUUCCCUUUGGUCUGUUUUAUGUUUGGUUGCUGACUUUGAUCUGUAUUUUAUGCUUGCAAAGUGUUGGCAUUUCAUACUUUUUUUAUAGCUGAAUUAUGGCUUGUGUUCAACCUAACACGAACCUGAAAAUUAUACGCAAGUCUGGACAGACAAAGUGAGGUUCAAAAAAAUUCUCA